UAAAUUCAUCAUGUUCCCAUGAAUUAUUUUGCAAAAUAUAUUCUCAUGGUGAUCCAGUAAAUUACUUAUUUAGAGAGUUUAUUUGAAUGAAUUUGUGUUUGUGGAUGUAAAUUAAAAGAAAGAAUAACAAGCAUACUUGAAAGAAACAAAUUGCAUUUCAAGUAUCAGUUCUUUGGUUGUAUUUUUGGUAUCUGCCACUAGAAAUAAAUUGCUUACCUUAAAUCAAGUGUUGAUGGUGGUUAGUUAGGGCAACGUGCAUAAACCAGACAAUAUUUGGAAGAGGCAAGUGCAACGAAUGAGGAUAUGGAGGUGGAGAAUACGUGCAUGGCUAGAUAGUGCAUUAGGUGCUGCUAAGUUGUUAAGUAGGAGACCGAGUAGCUGGGCAAGGGAUGGCCAUAUGGAUCACUUCUCCGACUGAUAGUUUUACUCGUUUUGCUAAAACUAUAUGUCAACGAGUGAUGUCAGUAUUAAAAUAGCUGAUGGACAUGUCCUCUAGGAAGACGAUUGGAAGUGCGAAGGCAUGUAGUGGGCUGUAUUACAUCGAUCCGUUUCCUAUCUAUUCUGCUCAAGUGAAUAACACUCUUGUUGCUAGUUAUCUUGCUUCUAGUGAUAAUGAUAUUAUGCGGUGGCAUUAUCGGCUAGGCCACCCUAGUUUUCCCUAUUUGAAAUAUUUGUUUCCUAUGUUAUUUAAAAAUAAACACUUGAGCUUAUUUAAAUGUGAAAUUUGUCAGUUUGCUAAACAUACUCGGGCUGUUUUUCGUUCUAUUCCAUACAAAGCAUCUCACCCUUUUUCUAGUAUUCAUAGUGAUUUAUGGGGACGAUCUAAGAUAACAAAUACUACCAAUACCAGCUGGUUUAUCACAUUUAUUGAUGAUCACACACGAACUAGUUGGGUAUAUCUUCUCAAAAAUAAAUCUAAUGCUGCCAUGACAUUUAAAAAAUUUCAUUCUAUGAUUAAAAAUCAAUUCAAUGCAAAUCUGAAAGUCUUUCAUACAGAUAAUGGAACUAAAUACUUCAACUCUAUCUUAAAUGAUUAUUUUUUAUCUCAUGGUAUUCUUCAUACAAGUUCUUGUCCCGACACACCCCAACAAAAUGGGAUUGCCGAACGAAAAAAUAAAUAUCUAUUAGAAAUUGCUAGAGCACUCAUGUUUACUGCGUCUAUGCCAAAAAUCUUUUGGGGAGAAGCCAUACUCACCGCUGUUUACCUCAUAAAUGUAUGCCUUCUCGAGUGUUAAAAUAUAAUACUCCUUUCUCUAUCCUUCUUAAAAAUCAUCCUCAUGCACAUCUUAUUUCUAAUCUCCCCGUGAAGACAUUUGGAUGUGUCUCUUAUGUGCAUGUUUUGGGUCCAAAUCGCUCAAAAUUUGACCCACGUGCUCUUUAAGUGUGUUUUUUUGGGCUACUCUUCUACCAGAAAAGGGUAUAAAUGUUAUCACCCCUCUACUCGUCGUAUGUAUACGAUGUCACCUUCAAUGAAGAGCAAUUUUUUUUAUUACACCACUUCACUUCAGGGAGGGACAGUGAGUGAAGUUUCUGGUUGGGAUACUUGUCUACCUAAGGCUAUUCUUGAUUUUGCUAUUCAUCCCUCGUUUGAUCAAUCGUCUCAGCAGCCACUAUCUCAGUCAUCUCAGCAGACACUAUCUCAGCCUAUAACAAAAGAGGUGAUAGUAUACGAUCGAAGAAAUAGAAACCAUCAAGUAAUACAGUCAACUACUGAGCCUCCACCUCAUGAGUCUGACUCUCGGACUACUCCUAAUGUAAGUAACCCUUCUCUUAAUUCUAUACUACCUAAUGAAAUUCCUAACAGUACGGAGGAACAUGAAGCUGAGUUACCUAUUGCCAAAAGAAAAGGAGUUCGUAGUUGCACUGUACAUCCUAUAUCCAAAUAUGUAUGUUAUAGUAAGCUCACUCCUCAAUACAAAGCCUUUCUUACAAAAGUUGAGCAAGAGGUGGUUCCAAGAGAUAUAACCGAAGCUUUAUCGAGAGAAGAGUGGAAGAAAGCAGUUUAUGAGGAGAUUGGGGCACUUGAGAACAACACUACAUGGACAAUAGUUACAAAGCUUGAGGAUAAACAUGUGGUAGGAUGCAAAUGGGUGUUUAUUAUUAAGCAUAGAGCUUAUGGAACCAUAGAUCGGUAUAAAGCGAGACUAGUUGCGAAAGGGUUCACACAAACAUAUGGAGUGGACUACAAAGAGACCUUUGCACCUGUUGCUAAGCUAAAUACUGUGAGGGUUCUGCUAUCAUUUGCUGCAAAUCUCAAUUGGCCACUUCAACAACUGGACAUAAAGAACGCCUUCCUUAAUGGACACGGGGAAAAAGAAGUCUACAUGAAGAUUCCUCUAGGGUUCGAAGAGAGAUAUGGAAAAGGGAGGGUGUGUCACUUGAAAAAAUCCUUGUAUGGCUUGAAACAAUCCCCACGGACAUGAUUUGAUAGAUUUAAUUAGGUGGUAAAGAAGUAUGGGUACAAACAGGCGCAGUCCGAUCAUACCUUGUUCUUUAAGCAUUCACAAGAGGGUAAGAUAGCUAUUCUUUUUGUCUAUGUCAAUGUAUUUUAGAGAACAAAUGGAACUCAAAAGACUGCUAGCCCAAGGGUUUGACGUAAAGGACCUUGGAUCAAUGAAGUAUUUUUUGGGUAUGGGGGUUGCAAGAACAAAGAAAGGAAUUGCUGUACCUCAGAGGAAAUAUGUGUUUGAUCUACUCAAAGAAACUGGAAUGAGUGGCUGCAAACCUGUAGCAACACCAGUCGAACCAAAGAGCAAAUACAAGGAUUUAAUUAAAGAAGAUACAGUUGACAAAGGAAUGUAUCAACGAUUAGUGGGAAAACUGAUCUACUUCUCCCACACAAGGCCUGAUAUUGUAUUUGCCGUGAGCCUAGUUAGUCAAUACAUGCAUAAUCCAUUAGAGGAACACAUGAAGGCAGUAUAUAGGAUACUACGGUACCUAAAAGGAACACCAAGAAAUGGAUUACUGUUCCAAAAGAAUGAAGAAAGGGGGUUGAGGCUUUACAAAUGCAGAUUGGGCAGGUUCAGUUGAAGAUAGAAGAUCAACAACUGGAUAUUGUACUAAAGUAUGGGGGAAUUUAGUCACAUGGAGGAGUUAAAAACAACCAGUGGUAGCUCGCAGUAGUGCAGAGGCAGAAUUGAGGGCCCUUGCUCAGGGAGUUUGCGAGCUGUUAUGGAUCAAAUGAAUAUUCGAAGAAUUAGAGCUGCAACAAACUGAGCCUUUAAAGCUGUACUGUGACAGUAAGUCAGCAAUCAGCAUAGCACACAAUCCAGUUCAUCACAACAGGACCAAACACGUUGAAGUGGAUAGACACUGUAUCAAAGAAAGGAUCGAUGGAAAAGAGCUAUGCGUUGUGUACAUUCCUAGCAAACUGCAGCAAGCUGAUAUGUUAACCAAAGGCUUGUCAAAAGAAGUUUUUAACGAGUUAGUUUACAAGCUGGGCAUGUGGAAUCUUUAUGCACCAACUUGAGGGAGGAUGUAGAAAACAUUCUAUUUUUAGCAUUUAUUUAGUAUAGCUGUAUAAUUGUAGUAGAUACUAUAAUUAGAUUAUUCUGAUUAGGCUAAUUAAUUUACUCUAGAAUAUUUGUAAUUAUUUUUUGUAUAUUUGGUAUUAACUACCAGAUUUGUUAGAGCUGUACAGUGCCUAGUGCCUAUUUAAAGGCCUUAUUCCUCAUGAAUAAAACAUAAGAAAAAGUCUCUUUUUCCACCGUACUUAUUGACAGUGGAGCGACACAUAAUUUCAUCUCAUCAACAUUUGUCUCGGCCAUAGGACUUCCAAUUACAGCCACCACAUGCUAUGGAGUUCUCUUGGGAACAGGGGGAGAAAGUCUGAACAGAGGGAAUUUGUGCUCAAGUUGAGUUGAAUUUGGGUGCAAUAAGAGUGGUAGCUGACUUCUUACCCUUGGAAUUAGGUGGAGCAGAUGUAAUUUUGGGUAUCAAAUGGCUGGAAACACUGAGAAAUAUGCAAGUGAACUGGAGGACUAUGGUGAUGAAGUUUGAGCAAGGUGUUUGGGUGACUUUGCAAGGAGACCCAAGCUUGUGCAAAUCACCAAUUUCUUUAAAGAUUAUGCUACUCACAGUAGAGAAGGAAGGGCACGGUUUUUGGGUACAAUUCGGAUCCAUGGCAGCAGCUCCAGAGGAGGCUCUCCCUCUCGUUCCACUGCCGGUAUCGUCCUUGCUUUAGUGUUUUGAGUCGGUAUUUGCCAUGCCCGCCGGCCUACCACCAGGAAUAGGGAGCAUUCGAUCACCUUGAAGGAAGGAGUAGGACCUAUCUCAGUGAGACCCUACCGAUAUGCCCAGGCUCAAAAGGAUGAAAUCGAGAGGCUAGUGAAGGAAAUGAUGCAAGCUGGACUCAUAUAGCCGAGUACGGGCCCUUUUUCCAGCUCAGUUUUGCUUGUUAAAAAAAAAGACGGGAGUUGGAGGUUUUGUGUGGACUAUAGAGCUCUAAAUCGGGAGAUGGUGGCUGACAAAUUCCCAAUACCAGUGAUUGAUGAGCUGUUGGAUGAACUACAUACAUGGAGCUAAAUUUUUUUCAAAACUUGAUUUGAAGUCGGGAUAUCACCAAAUAAGAGUGGCGACCAAGGAUCUGGAGAAGAUGACUUUCCGCACACAUGAAUGACAUUAUGAGUGGCUGGUCAUGCUGUUUGGGCUUACUAAGGCGCCCGCAACUUUCCAAGGUGAAAUGAAUGAGAUCUUCCGAGAUCUUUUGCCCAAGUAUGUGUUAGUUUUCUUUGAUGAUAUUUUGGUCUACAGCCCAUCAAUGGAGGAGGACGUAAAACACUUGGAAGUGGUACUCGACAGACUUCAACAAGCCAACUUCUAUGGUAAUCAGAAGAAGUGUUUAUUUGCUCAAGAGAAGAUAGAGUACCUUGGUCACAUAAUUUCAACUUUUGGAGUUUCUGCUGAUCCAAGUAAAAUUGACGCUAUGAGCAAGUGGCCGGUACCCAAGAGCAUUAAAGAACUCAGAGGUUUUUUGGGACUCACGGGCUAUUAUCACAAAUUUGUUCAAGGCUAUGGACAACUAGCUCGACCAUUGACUGAUCAGCUGAGAAAGGAUGCAUUUGGAUGGAAUCAAGAAGCCCAAGAAGCUUUCGACUGACUCAAGGGAGCGAUGUGCACGGUUCCGGUUUUGGCAUUGCCUGAUUUUUCGAUGCCUUUUGUGGUGGAGGUUGACGCUUCAGGAUCAAGGUUGGGGGCUAUGUUGAUGCAAAACCAGCGCCCCAUCGCAUAUUUUAGCCAAGUUUUGUCAGCCCGAGUUCGUGCGAAGUAAGUGUAUGAAAGGGAAUUGAUGGUGAUUGUGUUAGCCAUUCAAAAAUGGCGUCCAUAUCUCUUAGGGCACAAGUUCAUUGUCUGCACGGACCAACGCAGCUUUAGGUACUUAUUAGAGCAGCGGUUAGUAGCAACGGAGCACCAGAAAUGGCUCUAAAAAAUUCUAGGGUAUGAUUUCGAUAUUCAGUACAAACGCGGACUUGAAAACAAGGCUGCUGAUGCAUUAUCUAGAAUUUAUCAAGAAGUUUCAUUGGCUGCCAUUUCUGUUCCAAAUGUGUUAUCCAUACCAGACCUUCAAGCACAUAUUGCGUCAGAUCCUACCCUCUCUAAAGUGGUUCAUGAGCUGAGUUUGGGGAAGGAAUGUGAGGGAUAUUCGCUGGUGCAAGGCUGCCUCGAGUUCAAAGGACGGUUAGUACUGCCUUCGACCUCUCCCUUCAUCCCAUUACUGUUACAAGAAUAUCACAGCAGUAAAGUGGGGGGACAUUCAGGGGUGUUUAAGACAUUUCAAAGGCUGACAACGGACUUGUAUUGGUCCGGGAUGAGGAGGACGUUCAGAAAUUCGUGGCGGAUUGUGCAAUAUGUCAACAAAACAAAUACUUGGCUCAAUCUCCAGCUGGGUUAUUACUGCCCCUACCUAUACUGGAGCAAGUGUGGGAGGACAUCUCAAUAGAUUUCAUCGAGGAGCUGCCAAUGUUGAAUGGGUUCGAUUCCAUUUUCGUGGUGGUGGACCGUUUGAGUAAGUAUGGGCAUUUUAUCCCUCUCCGCCAUCCUUUUUCAGCCCUCACAGUAGCAACGGUUUUUGCUCGCAAAGUUGUUAAGCUCCAUGGACUGCCACGUUCAAUCGUUUUUGACCGGGAUAAAAUAUUCCUUAGUAAUUUUUGGAAGGAAUUAUUUCGUUUGCAAGGCACUACACUGAAACAGAGCACUGCUUAUCAUCCACAAUCGCAUCCACAAUCCGAUGGGCAAACGGAGGUGGUGAAAUGUUCCUUACCUCAGGUGUUUUGUUAGCCACAAACCCAAACAGUGGGUGAAAUGAGUGUCGUGGGCUUAAUAUUGGUAUAACACUUGCUACCAUUCAGCAACAGGGAUGGCGCCAUUUCGGGCAGUGUAUCAUCGGGACCCCCUUCCAUUACUUCGCUUUGAACCAGCUCGCACCAAGAUUUCAUCGGUUGAGGAGCACCUUCAAGAAAGGGAUGAUAUUCUGACCUUGCUGAAACAAAAUCUGCUCCGAGCUUAGCAAAAAAUGAAGGCCCAAGCAGAUCGUAAGUACCGGGAUGUGAACUAUGAGGUGGGUGAUUUGGUCUAUGUCAAGUUGCGCCCGUACCGUCAACAAUCGGUGGCCAAACGUCACAACGAGAACAACGAAAAGCUAUCUCCUUGAUAUUUUGGUCCAUUUCUAGUGCUGGCUAGGGUUGGAGCAGCGGCAUAUCGCUUACAACUUCCGCCAGAUGCUACCAUUCAUUCGGUGUUCCAUGUUUUGCUCUUGACAGCUGCUCGUGGCCACCAUCAGCAGGCAUCUGCUCUUCCUCCCGGUUUGACAGCCGAAUUGGAAUGGAUUUUGGAACCUGAGAGUGUUCACGGUGCGACCAUGUACUCACAAGGUGGCUCCACAAGCUCUGAUCAAGUGGAUUAAUAUACCGGAAUUUGAAGCUACUUGGGAAGACUUCGCCUUUAUUCAAGAGCAAUUUCCUCACAUCCACCUUGUCCAACCUUGAGGACAAGGUGAGACUUUUGGCCGGCGGUAUUGAUAGGCCUCCACUGACCUAGGCAGCAGUAGGGGAAUAAAACUGAUUAUGAUGUAAGUUGUUAUUUGGGUUGCGUUUGUAUGUGGCUGUGGUCCACAAUAGUCUAGUGAGUACUAGUAUAAAGUUUGUAUGGUGGGUCUCUAGUGGUGUAAGGUUGUAACCUUUUUGUGGGAGAGAACAGGGCUCUCGAACUCCCUGGAUAUUCAAUACCAGCUCAAUUUCCUCAUUUCUAUUUCCUUACUGUUACUAUACUUGCUGUUUAUACUUUCUUAACCAGGCAAAUUCCUAUCAGUAGCUUGUUAAUAUGGUUGCAAAAAAAUUCAGCAUGCCAAAUUUGUAGUGUUCACAUAGAUGCCUAUUAAGCAUAUUGGCCAGCUAACAUUUGUUAAUACUAAAUAUGAUAUGGUGUUAACUUGAUCAUGACUUUAUUCAGCAGGACAUGGUGCCUGCUCACUCUAUAAUUUUUCGAUCUCUUUCAAGAAAGUUCCAAAAAAUAUGUGUUUUUUUGCCUAGAAUGCUAAUUUGGAAAAUGUUUUUGAAACAAGAGGUAUUCUCUUAUAUUUCAAUGAGAAAUAAACAUAUAUUUAUAUACAACCUAGGGAAGCUAUUCUAGGAAACUAUAAAUUCUCAGCUCAAUAUUCUUAUGAGCCAGAGUAAUUCUAUUUAUAUAUGAAUGCUUUGUACAAUAGUGUGAAUAUGAAAAGGCUCAAUACAGCUAUUACAAAUCAGAAUAUUCUGAGAAUGAUUACAACAUAAAGAUAUUUUUGGGACCACAUAAUCAUUGGGUGAGCACACCCACAUACUUCGUACAAGCCGUUAGCAAUCCUGGGAUAUUCUAGCUGCUAUAUUCCUCUGUGUGUAGCCUCAUGAAUUCUCUGCUGCACUGUGUUUCUCAACAUCCCCUCUCAAACGAAAGGGUGAUGUUCUCACACCGAGUUUGUUGACGAGAAAAUGGAAUCGCUCAUAAGUGAGCCCUUUGGUAAGGCAGUCGGCGAUUUGAUCGUGUGACGGAAUGUACCUGACUUCAAGCUUUCGUUGCAGUACUUUGUCUCUCACAUAAUGCACGUCUAUUUCUAUAUGCUUGGUUCUAGCAUGAAACACAGGAUUGGAUGCUAAGGCACUAGCACCAAUAUUGUCACACCAUGCGACUGAGGGUGUGAUUACAGGAGCACUAAUUUCAUUCAGCAAGGAUUCAAUCUAUGAAAUUUCCGCAGCCACAUGUGCUAAAGCUCGAUACUCCGAUUCUGUGCUAGACCUUGAGACUACUGGCUGCUUUUUCGAAGACCAUGACACAAGCGAAUCACCAAGGUAAACACAGUAGCCUGCUACUGAUCUCCUAUCAUCGGGGCAGCAUGCCCAAUCGGCAUCCGAGAAUCCUGUGAUGUUCAGUUUGUUAUUGCAGCUGAUGUGUAGGCCGAGUUUAGUGGUUCCUUUCAAAUAUCGCAGGACCCGUUUUGCUCCACUCCAAUGCACAGAUGUAGGUGAUUGCAGAAAUUGACUUAGUUUAUUUACUGCAUAAGUUAUAUCUGGACGUGUGUGACACAAGUAUUGAAGGGCACCGAUUAUACUUCUAUAGACAGUCGGAUUGUGCAUAAGUUCACCAUCAUUAAUAGACAUAGGUCUCCCAGCAGUCAUAGGGGUAGGACAUGGCUUCAAAUUUACCAUGUUCAUUCUUCGUAGUAGAUCUUCUAUGUACUUCGUCUGUGUUAGAUAUAGGCCCGAAUCAUCUCGGCUCACCUCUAUACCGAGAAAGUAAUGCAAGGGCCCCAAAUCUUUGAGUGUAAACCGCUUGUUUAGCUCAGCAAUAAAGUCCCUGAUUUUGUUGUUAUCAUUCCCAGUAACAAUGAUAUCAUCUACAUAGAUUAGUACCAUGAUGAUUGUUUUUCCUGACUUGUAGAAAAAUAAUGAUGUAUCAGCCUUGGAGUUCUUGAAAUUCCACUGUAUGAAGGUGUUCUUGAGUCUUUCAAACCAAGCCUUUGGUGCUUGCUUCAAUCCAUAGAGAGACUUAUUUAAUUUGCACACAAAAUUCUCCUUGGAUUUUUCUUCAAAACCUUGCGGUUGUGCCAUAUAAAUAUCCUCUUCCAAAACUCCAUUUAAGAACGCAUUAUUUAUGUCUAGCUGCCUUAUAUCCCAUCCUUUUGAUACAACUAUGGUAAGAAUUAUCCUCACUGUUGAAGCUUUAACAACCGGGCUGAAAGUUUCUCCGAAAUCAAUGCCGGGCCUUUGGUGGAAGCCCUUGGCAACAAGCCUAGUGAUAGGAACCAACCUGUAAAUUCAGCAAACAAACUAACACAGACAACAGAAUGAAUAAACUCAGCUUUGCAUUAAUGGAAUUUCCUAGAGUUCGAGAGCCAAGGUCUCUCCUCAGUCCAAACAGACUACAAUAUCAGCAUAAGAAAAUACAUUUAGUUACUACCCCUUUAUUUACUACUCAAGCUUACCCCAAACCCGUGCACCCUCACACAGAGGAAAAACACUCCUCUAACUAACAUUCUAGCCACUUACUGAGCUGGCAGCCCCUUUUCCCUUCCUUGUAUACACGUAUGUGAUUGGAGGCCUAUCAAUACCCCCUGCCCAAA